GUGUGCGUUCACGGACCUUGUUUUGUUUUGACCUGCAGCAGCAGCAGCAGCAGCUGUUUGUUGUUGUUGUUUUUGUUGUUGUUGUGGAGCUGCCUGCUGUCAGUGGGACACACAGCGCUGAAUGCUGCAGAUCUCAGGAUGGACUCCAGCGGGAAACCCUCGACCGCACAGCUCGUGGUCUUGGCCACCAGCUCAGCCCUGACGGCCGUCUUCUACUCCAUCUACAGGAGCAGAUCGACGACGGUCGCCAGAUUAAAGGAGGCCAAGAAAGUCUCCAUCGACCAGGACCUGAAAAACCUGCUGUCUGAAACUCCUGGGAGAUGCGUCCCGUACGCUGUCAUAGAAGGUGUGGUGAGAUCCGUGAAGGAAACUCUGAGCAGCCAGUUUGUCGAUAACUGCAAAGGCGUGAUCGAGAGGCUGACGCUGAAGGAGGAAAAGAUGGUUUGGAAUCGCACCACUCAUCUCUGGAACAACACGGAGAAAGUCAUCCACCAGCGCACCAACACGGUUCCCUUCGCCCUCGGGUCUCACGAUGACGAUAUCGCUGCCACCAUACGGGUUGUUCGUCCUCUAGACGCUGCCGAGUUGGACCUGGAGACGACCUACGAGAACUUCCACCCAACAGUCCAGUCCCUGUCCAACGUCAUCGGCCACUUCAUCAGCGGGGAGCGACCCAAAGGCAUCCACGAAACGGAGGAGAUGCUGCGGCUGGGAGACAGCGUCACGGGCGUCGGGGAGCUGGUCCUCGAUAACAACCUGAUCAAGCUGCAACCUCCCAAACAGGGCUUCCGCUACUUCCUCACGCGGCUGGACUACGAGUCUCUGCUCAGGAAGCAGGGCAAAAGCGUCAGGCUGUGGCGGAUCCUGACCGUCGUGUUCGGCGUCGCCGCCUGCUCCACACUCCUCUUCAUCCUGUGGAAGCGAUACGUUCACCACAGACAGAACAAGAAGGAGAGGAGCAUGCUCGAGGAGUUCAAGGAGCAGCAGAAGAAACGCAUGCGCGAACUCAACCUAGAGGAAGGCAGCGUGUCGCCCACCAGCUGUACGGUCUGCCUGAGCCGCGAGCGCUCGUGCGUGUUUCUCGAAUGCGGUCACGUGUGCGCCUGCGCGCAGUGUUACGACGCCCUGCCGGAGCCAAAGAAGUGCCCCAUCUGCAGGGCGACCAUUGACAGGGUGGUGCCUCUUUACAACAGCUAAUGUGGAAACGCAGAUCACUGAAAAUAUGUCGUCCAAAAAAAAAAAAAGGGUUAAUAUCGCUGCACUUCUUCUUCGCCUUCACUCUUCUAGAUGAAUCAUUUGUAUCCGUGCUGAAUCACGAUGCACUCUCGCUUCCCAUCGACUCUUCGAAUCAGAUCUGGAGACAGAAAAUGAAACUUUUCCUUUCAUCCUCUUGUGUGUUUGACAAAUAUCGGUCAUGCAUCACAUACGAAGCCUCGGACAACACAACAGGGACGUUUUGCACUUUGAUCAGUAAGAAGACGGAAGCUUCGUGUUUAAGAAAGUAAACUUUGAUUGAAAACUUUGCUGCUGCCUGAUUUCAUUCUUUUGAAGUACAUAUUAAAAAAGGUCCGGCGUGUCACAUUUGGGAGGCAGAAAUGACUCAUCCGUACAGACGGCGUGACAAAGUAAAAGAAAGUCUUCACUGUGUGGUUUAAUUAGCACGAGAAGGAUGUGAAUGUGUCCAUGUCACCAGCUCAACACCGAUUAAAAUAUCUUCAGGAUGAUCCAUCCAUCCAGAAUAGUUCCAGUAGUUUUCAGCUGACUCUAAAUUGCCUGUAGAUCUGAAUGUGAGUGUGAAUGAUGACUUGUCCAGGGUGUGAUAGGCUCCAGCCUCACCGUGACCCUCCAUGAGGAUGAGCAGUUAAUGGAUGGAUGAGCAAGGGCUGAGCCUCUGCACACACCACCAGGGCGGCCCGACCAUGUUUCCAAAGUAGCCUCGACACUGGCUCUAGUUUUUUUUGUAAGUUUUGCGUAGUUUAAUCUCCACGCUUGGAAGAGGGUGGGCACUAGUUAGUGGGUUGCAGUCUGCAGCUUCACCACUAGAUGUCACUAAAUCCUGCACACUCGACCUUUAAAACCUCAAAUCAGACAUUUUCUGUAACCUACCGGUCGUAAUUACUGCAUGUAAACGUGUGGCAAGCGACUAAUGCACCUUAAAUUAUAAAGAAAAGAGGUGAACGGUGUGAAACGUUCAGCUAGAAGAGAGAAAAUCUAACAUGCAGGACAAUGACGACAGAGACGGAGCACGUUUUUCUGUUUUCACACUCUUUGUACAUCAAAUGUCACUCCAUGGAAACCAUCAGCUGUCAUAGUUUCAUUUAUUUGUCAGGGACUGUGCACGUAAAAUCAAAACUUUCACUCCCUGAGCAGGUGGACACAUAAAAAGUUGAAUGAAA